AUGCUUGAACGAGCCCGAGAAAAGCAAGCGAUUCGCGAAGCAGCACUGGAGAACAAAUUUUCAAAGUCAACGGAACAGCAGGAACGGGAGCCGCGGCAUGAAGUUUGUAUCAGUGCCGUUGAUGCCGACAUCGUUCGACUUCAUCUCAGCCCCGGAAGUAUGCUUUUCCGUUUUGAAACAACCAACGACGAGAAUCACUCGGCUUAA